AUGAUGAUAAUCAAUCACACCACAGUCACCUACUUCAUCCUGUUGGGACUGACGGACCGCCCAGAACUACAGCCUGCAAUCUUCGUGAUGAUUGUGCUGAUCUAUACCAUCACCCUGAUGGGCAACCUCAGCAUGAUCAUCUUGAUCACAAUUGACUUCCAGCUGCAAACACCCAUGUAUUUCUUCCUCAUUAACUUGUCCAUCGUGGAUCUCUGCUAUUCUUCUGUUUUUAUUCCGAGGAUGCUAAUAAACUUCUCAGUGGAGAAUAAGACUAUUUCUUACUUAGGAUGUCUUACCCAGCAUUUUUCAUUUGUUGUGUUUGUGACCACAGAAGGAUUUCUGCUAGCUGCAAUGGCUUAUGACCGCUAUGUUGCUAUAUGUAGCCCACUGCUUUAUACCACUCUUAUGGCCAGAAGAGUCUGUGUUUGCCUGGUAGUUGGGUCAUAUUUAGGGGGACUCUGUAACUCAUUGGUACAUACUUGUGGCUUACUGAAAUUGUCCUUCUGCGGCCCUAAUACCAUCAACCACUUUUUCUGUGACACAAACCCGCUGCUACAACUCAGUUGCUCUGACAACCAUGUCAAUGAGCUGGUGCUUGUAACCCUUUCAGGGAUCGUAGCUAUGUCAACACUUCUCUUCAUCAUCAUCUCCUACCUCUACAUCCUCUCCUCUGUUUUGAGCAUGGGCUCUGCAAGCAGGUACAAAGCCUUCUCCACCUGUGCCUCCCAUCUGACAGCUGUAACACUCUUCUAUGGGCCUGUGAGUUUGAGUCACGUGCAGCCCAGUUCAAGAUACUCACUGGAACAGGAAAAAAUUUCUGCAGUAUUUUACACCCUGGUCAUUCCUAUGCUGAAUCCCCUGAUAUACAGCCUCCGGAACAAGGAGGUGAAAAAUGCAUUUAGAAGGUUAAUGGAGAGGAAAAAAUGCUGUCCAUCAGCUUGCUUGUCAAGAUAA